CACCGAAAGAACGAAAGAAGCGCCGAAGUAACGAUGUAAGCACCAAAGGAACGACGAAAAAAGCACCGAAAGAAUAUGAAAAGAACCAAAAGGACGACAUAAAAAUUAUUGAAAAAACGU